AUGGCCACCAUCCCAAUGGCCCACAAUAUGUCCGUCACCGGCGUGCAGCCCGAGUUCUCCCAAGCCACCACAGGAUUCGAAUACUACGAUAGUCGAUUCCUGAACAUCACAGGCAAUGCCCCAAAAUUAGAAGUUCUUCUAGAGAACAAUGACUUCCCGUUCGCCCAUGAAGCAAGUGUCUUUAUCCCAUCCACAGAAGAACUGUUCAUGACUAGCAACAUCUUCACCGAUCCCCUCACCAACCAGUCAACAAUCAAGAUCUCCAAAGUAUCCCUUAGCAGCAACCCAGUGACAUCAGAAAUAAUCAAUACCACCAUUCCUCUUCCCAACGGAGGUAUCAACCACGAGUCUGGAAUCAUCUUCUGCGGCCAAGGCACGCUCAACCAAUCUGGGGGUCUAUUCCAGAUGUCUAUUGACCCACCAUAUGAAUCCGAGCUCUUAAUCAGUGGUUUCUACGGUCGGAAUUUCAAUUCCCUGAAUGAUGUGGUUGUCCAUAGCGAUGGCUCUAUCUGGUUCACUGAUCCUACGUACGGAUACGAGCAGGGCAUCCGGCCUGCACCGCAACUGCCGAACCAAGUUUAUCGCUAUGAUCCGAGUACAGGGGAUGUGCGCGUCGUUGCGGAUGGAUUUGGUCGUCCGAAUGGCAUUUCUUUCUCUCCUGAUGAAAAAAUAGUAUACAUCACCGAUACGGCGUAUACGGUUGGUGAUGGGACGACGGAUCCGACUAAGCCUUCCACCAUAUAUGUAUUCGACAUUACCACCUACCACGGCCAGCCAUUUCUGACCAACCGUCGCGUCUUCGCCAUGGCAGCAAACGGUAUUCCGGAUGGGAUCAAGACCGAUAUGGAAGGUAAUGUGUACGCUGGCUGCGGGGACGGGGUUAACGUCUGGUCGCCCGGUGGUGUCUUGUUGGGGAAGAUUUACAUCAAGAGCGGCGUGGCUAAUUUUUCCUUUGGCCGCAAUGGGCGGAUGUUUAUUAUGAAUGAGAACCGUCUCUUGUCUGCGCAGCUUGGGCAUUGGGUGAAGGGGUCUAUCUUGAAAAUAUGA